AUGCCUAGACAAAGAAGAUCAGCUCCAGCUCCAAGACAACAAACAAGAUCAGCACAUACUGCUGCCCCAGCAUAUGGUCAACAACAUCCACAACAACAUUCAUCAUAUCCAGCAGCUCAUCCACAAACACAACAAAGACAACCGGGAUUAUUUGGUCAAAUGGCUUCAACUGCUGCCGGUGUUGCAGUAGGUUCAACUAUUGGUCAUACUUUAGGUGCAGGUAUAACUGGAAUGUUUGGUGGUGGUAGAUCAGAAGCUCCACCAGCUGAACAACAAUAUCAACAACAAGAUUUAACUAAUUAUCAACAACAACCUCAACAAAAUUCAUUUACAAAUCAACAAGAGAAACAUUGUGAUGUUGAUGCAAGAAAUUUUACAAGGUGUUUAGAAGAAACUGAUGGUAAUAUGCAAACUUGUGGAUUUUAUUUACAACAAUUAAAAGCUUGUCAAGAAGCUGCUAGACAAUAUUGA